GAUCGCUUUAAAGAUCGGUCGUCGGUCAGCGCAAAUUUACAGCACACUAGGGGCCCCCCUUUUCUUAUUUUAAAAUUAUCGGUUUCGUUUAUUGUGUUUUUUUUUAUAUUUUUUUUUGUUUAUUUUUUUUUGCUCCCUUGCGCCGGCAGAGCGGCAAUAUAAAAUUGACGCCCAUACAGGCGCAGCAUUUAGUAUAAGUUUGAAGUCGAAUAAAGCGACACACUCCCACACAUACACAUUCGCCAAUUGCACUCUCUUUCGAAGAGCCGGUAACUGGAAGAAGACGAACUGGAAUAGCGCACAAGCAUCCCCAACAAUAAAUAACAGUCGACCUGCUGAUAGACACAACAAAAAGAUGACGCAAAGAACUCAUCUGGUGCUGCUGCUCCUUAUAGGAGGUAUAGCAGCUUGCUUAGCCAACGAUUUGCACGCAAACCUCACUCAUCUGGAUGCCAAUGAGAUUCCUCAGCGAUUCGACGAGGCGCAACUCUGGAGGAUCUACAACAUCUCGGAGGCAAUUCAACACCGUGUGCCCGUGGGUCAAAUGCUGGAGCAAAAGUUCGGAGGCAACAUAUGGAAGGAGAACUCGAAAUUUCUGGACAUCUCCAUUGCUAGGGAUCAAUUAAAGGCGGCACGCAGCUUUCUAUCGGCCCAUCGCCUGGAUCCCCAGAUUUUGUCCCAUAAUAUUCAAACCAUGAUCGACGAGGAGCUUCUCGGCGGCAUUGAGGCCACUUCAUUGGGAAGGAGAACGAAAAAGGCCGCUAGGAGCAGCAUGCACUGGAAGGACUAUCAUGAUCUGGAGACCAUCUAUAGCUUUAUGCGGGAGAUUCGCAGCAAAUUCCCUAACAUUGUGCGAUUGUAUACUAUUGGCCAGACGGCCGAGGGUCGCGACUUAAAAGUGCUCCGAAUCUCGGAGAAUCCCCGCGAGAACAAGAAGGUAUGGAUCGACGGCGGCAUCCAUGCCCGCGAAUGGAUCAGUCCAGCGACGGUGACCUUCAUCCUGUACCAACUGAUGUCCAACUGGGAGAACCAGCCGGCGCACAUCCGUGGCUUGACCUGGUACAUAAUGCCGGUGAUGAAUCCUGAUGGCUACGAAUACAGCCGGACGACCAACCGCUUGUGGCGCAAGAAUCGCUCAGCAUCGCGCCGUGCCCAGUGCAAUGGUGUGGAUCUCAACCGAAACUUUGAUAUCGGCUGGAAUGGAUACGGAUCCUCGACGAAUCCCUGCAGUGACACCUACCGCGGAUCCUCGCCAGCCUCAGAACAGGAAACGCGAGCGGUGGCGGAGUUUUUGGCCAAGAGAAAGUACAAUCUGGAAUCGUAUUUGACUUUCCACAGUUACGGUCAGAUGAUCGUUUAUCCGUGGGCCUACAAGGCUGUCAAGGUCAAGGAUUCGAGUGUCCUGCAGCGAGUGGCCAGCCUGGCAGCGGAGCGCAUUGUCCAGAAGACGGGCACGGCAUACAGAGCGGCGGUUACCCACGAGGUCCUGGGAAUCGCAGGUGGCGGUUCCGACGAUUGGAGUCGUGCCGCGUUGGGUGUCAAAUAUGUGUACACCAUCGAGCUGAGGGAUCGUGGCGCAUACGGCUUUGUCCUGCCACCUCGUUUUAUCAAGGACACGGCUCUCGAAGGUUGGACGGUGACGGAAACGGUGGCCCAGGCAAUUGGUCCCAGUUCGUCAGGUUGAAUCUCCGCCUAAUCUUCUUCAAAUCUCGGUUUAAUUUGUAAUCUCUGUCACCUUUUCCACCCCACCUUGUGUGUUUGAACUGCGUGUGUGUGAAGGAUUAUUUAUGUGAUUUGUUUGCGUGUUUGGGUCUGUCACAGUGUGUGUGUUUUUUUUUAAGGUGGGCGCUGUAUCCUUUGAAUUCGUACGGCGAAAAAUAAACGAAUCUACGCUAUUUAUUACUACAAA